GCAACACUCAAUUCUCUGCGAAUUCUAGUGAAAGUACGACUAUUACGAAAUCAGUUGAUAGAGCAUCUUUCCGAUUGGAUAAACAAUGAAAGGCAGCAGUGUAAUCACCAUUAGGUUAAUCAUGACUAAGAUCCGGGCUCGAGAUCUUCGCAAUCAUAAGAAGGAUGAUCUCAUCAAGAUGUUGGUCGAGCAGAAAACCGAGCUUGCUUCCCUCAGGGUAUCCAAAGUAACUGGAGGAGCUGUAGCUAAGCUUUGCAAAAUCCGUGUCGUUCGAAAAACUAUCGCUCGAAUUUUGACGGUGAUCAACCAGAACUACAAGCAGGAGCUUCGCAAGUUUUACGCCGGUCACAAGUAUAAGCCUAUUGAUCUGCGCAAAAAGCAAACUCGUGCCAUCAGGAGACGCCUUACCAAGCAUGAGCAGAGUUUGAAGACGAAGAAGCAGCAGCACAAAGAGCGCGCUUUCCCGCUCAGGAAGUACGCUGUCAAGGCCUGA